AUGCGAAGGACACUUAGACAAUUAACAGUAGCUGUAGGAUCUAUUCUUCUCCAACUCCAGUUGCAAGUUGCUGAGAUUCAAUUUCAGUAUAAAUCAUUAGAGAACAAAGAAAUUAUUUCAAUCAAUCGUCUUAAACGUUUACAAAGCAACAUUAACGAUCUAAAACAUUUUAUUGAAUUUCAUAAGAUUAAGGCCAUGUGGGACGAAUUAGUAUUUACUGCUCAUAAGGAACUUGAGAAUCAUAAAAUCUCAUUUAUUACCCAUUUAGAUCAAUCCUGCCUACAGUGUCAUCCAGACUACGAAACUCAAUCAGGAAAAUUACCAUCUUUCGAUAAUUUUUGGUUUUUGUGGAUUGUAUCUAAAUAUAAUGCUAUAUCAUACACUAUCUUUACUGUAGCAUAUUUUAUAAGGGCCCAAGAAAGUGAGGCUAGCUUUUUGGAAAGAGAUCACUUAUUGAAAUAUUUGUUGAGAAAAAUUGUUACUACAAUUAAAUAUAGGGACAACAUACUAAAGGAAUCCUUUGAUAGCAUCGUUAAUAAAUUAUAUCAAAUUUGGGUAAAAACAAAACAGUUUCAAUUUGAUACCUCAGAAAAUAUGGAAAGAGAUCAAAAUGAUACUAUCAUAGCACCUUUUCAGGGAAGCAAUGAAAGUUCUCCAGGGAUGAUACUACCAGUAGCAAUGUAUAGACCGUUAUCAGGAACUAUCACACCUCAACCACUAUCUAAUAUACCAUUGUAUGAAACAUCUUUCUUUGACAAUGCAAAUGAACUAGAGAGAGGAGAAACCCCAAGUAGAAUACCUCGAAGAGUUACAUUUAAUACAAGAAAUGAUAGGAGAUCCCUAUCCCCUAUUAGGGUAGAAAAUGUUCAACAAUUAGUAGUCUCAACAUUAUCCAGUAAUCAAUCAUCAAGGCCAUCAAAUUUAAGGGUAACAUCAGUAGGAAAUACAAAUAGUGGAUUAUCAUUGGGAAAUUCCUACAAUUUUUCCCAAGCAACUCAAUAUAGUCGUAUGUUUAACCCCUUGAUACCACUUGAUCCUCUUCGAAAUAGUAACUCAUCUACAACCUCUAGUUUUACAACUGCAAAUUGGCAACCAGGAGGUAGUUCUCGAUUAACCAGCACAACAACUUCUCAGUCAGUACCUAGCAGUCAACCAUCAAAUAAUAUAAACACCUCUCAGCCAAUACUUACACCUCAACCAGCUAUAGUACCAGUAGGAGGAAACAAUGACAAUGCCUACCUCCAAGUCAUACAAGGGUUAGCAGGAUGGCUUCAAGGACAACAAACGAGAGAACAACGAUUGGAAGAUUUACCAACAUUUAGAGGAGGAAAUCAGGACCUAGUGGAGUGGUUUGAGGCUUUCGAAUGGGCUUGUAAAGCAAACCGCAUCAAUACCAUUCGAAUGGUUGAAAUAGUUCCCAGUUAUUUAACAGGAACAGCAUUGACAUGUUUCCAAUGA